CAUUAAUACAUUCUGUAUCAUAAACGGACGUCACAAGUGUCAUGGUCAACUGCACCUCAUUCUGCCAAAGUCUGAAUUAGACUCUGGAGAUGGAAAUGUAGUACUUUUGUAUAGGGAAAUUCUGUGGGUGAACUUCGAUAGCGCCAUCACCAGAUAAAAAGAAGAAGAACGGCGCAGGUGGCAGAGGACAGAAUGGAGGAAAGACUCAUAAACAAUGAUGAAGGAGAUGAUGAAGAGGACUUCUUUCUUAAAGGACCAUCCUCAAAGAAAACGGUGCGAUUUGCAACAGAUAAGAUGAAAGAUGUGCGUGUGCAAAUUGCUGAAGUAACUGAUGUGAUGAGAGACAAUGUUGGAAGGUUGCUAGAGAGGGGGGAUCAGCUUGAUACCUUGCAAGAUAGAUCAGAAAACUUAGCCACAACCUCAGACCAGUUUCUUACAUCAGCAACACGUCUAAGACGCAACGUGUGGUGGCAGAAUACCCGUGUAAAGGUCUUCAUUUUUAUUAUUGCUAUUAUCAUUAUACUACUGAUAUUAGUUCCAGUUAUACUCAAACUGAAGUCUUAACUCAACUAAUCUCCAGCUACCAUUUCCAAAUUUUGAAGGAAUUUUCUCUAGUCUGCGCUAUUUCAAUUGGUCUACAAGACUUUAUUUGAACAAAAAGUGAAGGUAUAUUUUUUUAUGAUUGUUUGUUGCUGAGCUUUAAUGGUCUUUUUGAAGAGUUAAUUAUGAGUGGACAAUUUAAGUUCCUUGAGGUAAGGUAGAAGUUUAGAACACUAUAAUUUUGUAUUUCCCAAAAUAUUCAUUACAGUUUUGAUUAUCAGGGCUUCCUGUUGUAACAGAAUUGUUUAUGCAAAAAUUUCCAGGUCUUUUGGUGGACAACUUUUGAAGAUGGGUAUUAAACUUAUUAUAAAUGAUACCUGAUAUGGUAAUCAUGAAGAGUCUGGGUGAGAAAGACAGAGAUACUGGAAUUCAGUUCACUUCAUUUCAUGUGCUGUAUCUAAACUAUGGAUGUGGAGGAUGAACUUGAGUAUGUUUCUAAUGUCAUUAACUCUUAAUUUUUAGCCACUUUCAUAUAACCUUUUUGCCUGCGAAGAGAAUGAGAACUGUCUUUUGUAUGUCAAUUAUUUAACUGAGCUUGAGUGUAGUUGGUUUGUGUUAUUCAAAAUUGAUAGAUAAAAUGGUAGCAUUAUUUUAAAAAGUUGUGUAAUCUGCAACGGAGUUCUUUCUAACAGGCAUAAAGGUUGUUGUUUAUGCUUAUUGCCCUAUGUUCUUUGUUGAUGUGUCUAUGUGAUCUUUCUUCUGAAUGAUAAUAAUAGAAAAGAAGCAAAGAAGAAUAACUUCUAAUGAUGUGUAUAUUCUUUAUUUUUUCUUUAUGAAGGUUUUGGUGAUUUCUAGAGACCAACCCAGUAUUUACUUUGUAUAUUUUUGAAAGAUAUGUCUGUUGGUGUUCCUAAAACAGAGUAUAGUAUAUCUUUUUGUCACAUUAAAGUAAGCUGUUUACUGUAAUAUCUCAUGACAAGGAGCUACAGCUUUUGUAGUUUACUUGACAGAUUUGUACCCCAGGUAAAAUUUGAAGUGAAUCUUUAUAUGAACCCUCAGUGAGGUUCUUUCUCUGUUACUUUCUGAUAUUAAAUUUUAAUGCCACAGUAAUUUUUCACAUUGUGUUUAUAUAAGAGAUUGUAGCAGUCUUCAUCUCUCACAUGUUUGAUGUUUUGAUAUGGUGAGAAUCAAACAUUAGUCUUGUAUUGCUAACAGUUGAAAUUGAAAUUUUGCCCCUUGUUUUUACACUAUUUAUACAGUACUUGGUUUCAUUGAAACCUUCAUAAUUUAAAAAAAUAUUGCAAAAAGUGAAAUUUUCCAUAAUUUAUUUUGUGAUAUCAUUAAUACCAAAAAUGUAUGGUAAAUAUAUGCAGUAUAGUAUAUGUAUAUAAUAUCCAUUGAAGACUGUAUAUUUGUGCACAAGCUAUUGAAUGAGUGAACCUUUGCCUAUGUACAAGCUGCUUGUCUCUUUCUCUAUGCUGCUUUAUAAUAGAGAAGCAGUACACUUCAAGUUGAAACUACUGUACAGCUCAAAUACCUCUUGUAUUAUACAAUUCAUAAAUAUCUACUGUAGUUUUGGUAGAAAUAUUUUAUUCAUUCUUGCUAUUUUUUAUUAGUUUUCCUCUGAGUGAUUUUUAUUAGAGCACAGUAGUAGUAGUAGAGGUGAGAGUUACCUAGACAACUUCACUUCUUAUAUAUUCAUACAUUAGUCUUUCCCUCUGAACUAGGUAUACCUCUGUUCUGCAUAUAUUUCAUAUAGGUAUGUUAUUGCAAAUGUAGUGAAGAUAACCCUUGGUACAAAUCUAUAAAGUAGUGUCAAGGAAGCCUAGUUAUUUAUGAGUUCAGUGAUGGGGCUCUGAAUCAAGUAGGAGUGCCAUCAAGGAAGCAUAGUUGUUGGUCAUUUCAGUGAUUGGACUUGAAUAAAGUCUGCGCAUUGUCAGGGAAUCCUUGACACUGCACGUACUACAAUGAAUUGUGUAGGAAUAUUGUCUGAGAUUCUUGUACUGUAUAUAAUGUCAGUAAUGGGGCUUUGUAUCAGUUAGGAUUACUGUCAAGGAAGACUAGUUGUUUAUCAAUUCAGUGAUGGGACUUUAAAUUUAGCUGGAGUAGUGUCAAGGAAAUGUAGUUAUUGAUAAUUUCAGUGAUGGGAUUUUGAGAGAAAUAUGUAUAUGUAGUGGCAAGGAAACCUACUUAUUAAUUCAGUGAAGCAGAGUUAUUUAUGAAUCCAAUGUUGAGACUUUCAAUCAAAUGUAAGUAACGUCAAGGACACUGUUUUUUUAUCAUUUCAGUGAUGGGUACUUGGAAUAAAGUAGGAGUAUUGUUAUUGAAGCCCAAACCAGCCCGAGAAGAGUCUACUUGAGACUCAGAGGUCUGGAAAAACUAACCCCUAUUAAUAAUAAUAAUAUUGAAGCCCAGUCACUUCUGAGUUUCAUGAUGGCUUUGAUCUUGUGUCAGAUUUUUAAUGGAUGAUCGUUUAAUGAGAACAAUUUUAAUUGAAAACAGAUGAGUAAAUGCUGUCAAAUAACCUCACUGAGUUUAGCCUAGAGAUGCUUACAAGAGAAUAAUCAAUGAACUUUUGGUGCAACAUGAGGUCGUUUUUAGUUGUAAUUAUAUAUGUAGUUGUUUUACUUACAGGUAAUGAAAUACCCUGCCA